AACUGAAAGUGGAUGAACACUACAACACUGGUCUCUCGGUACAGCAGUUCAUAUGAGGACGACUGUUAUUGGAAAAUGGCAGGCAAUACACCGACAGUAAUUCGCAAAGUCAUUGCUUUGUUCUUAGCAGUUUUCGUCGACCUUUCCUUAGUUUACGUAUCGGGAUUUGUAGUGACCCACAGCGUGUUUGGACAUCUUGCUCGUCUCUGGGUUUCUGCGGCUCUCCGGUGUUUGGCACUAACUGCUGUAACUCUGAUCAGCCUCGGAGACCUCAAGCCGUUACUGCUUCGUGUUAUAGCGGCGCACAGUCUGCUGCCCGCGGUGUUUGAGACCGGGACCAAAGCGCUCUGCAACGAGGAGACCCAAUAUGGCUUGUUAGCGGAUAUGCGCUGCUGGCUGAUGUGUGCCGCAGCGUCUCUGGCUGGGGCACUGUUUUGGGAACUCACCAUCCCGGACUCCGACGUUACGGCCGCUAGUAAAGACAAAAAGCAGAAAGCCAGAGUGCUGUUUGUGAAAGUCCUGCACUUGUACAAAGCCGACUUUCUACUGCUGCUUGGAGGGCUUGUGUUCCUGACGCUGGCUGUUAUGUGUGAGAUGUUCAUCCCGUUCUACACUGGGAGAGUCAUCGACAUCCUUGGCAGUCAGUACCAGCCGGAUGAAUUCAUAUCUGCACUCCUCUUCACGGGCCUGUUCUCUCUGGGAAGCUCUGUGAGUGCAGGCUGCAGAGGGGGUCUCUUACUGUGUGCCAUCAGUUCCUUCACAUGCAGAGUGAAAGUGAAGCUGUUUGGGGCUUUGACCAAACAGGAAAUUGGAUUCUUUGAAACCAUAAAGACAGGUGAAAUCACAUCCAGGUUGUCUAAAGACACCAACUUGAUGGGAAGAACAGUGUGUCUGAAUGUCAAUGUGCUGCUGAGGACAUUCAUCAAGACACUGGGUAUGAUCUCCCUGAUGAUGAAUCUGUCAUGGAAGCUCACAUUCCUCGUCGUGAUGGAGACGCCGAUCACUGUCCUUAUUCAGAACAUCUAUGACACACACUACCAGCGCUUGUCCCUGGCAGUGCAGGACUCAAUGGCUCUGGCAAAUGAAGUUGCAAAUGAGGUAAUAUCCGGUAUUUAUGCGGUACGGAGCUUUAACACAGAAAAACACGAGGCACUUCGCUAUGACAACCGCUUGUUGGAUACACAUACACUCAAGACCCGCCGGGACACCGUCAGGGCUGUUUACCUGCUCGCACAGAAGUUGACAGGGUUGGUCAUGCAGCUCCUCAUGUUGUACUACGGCAGGAUGCUUAUCCAAAGUGGACAGAUGACAGCUGGCAACAUGGUUUCCUUCAUCCUCUAUCAGUCAAACUUUGGAGACAACAUCAGGACACUUACCUACAUUUUUGGCGAUAUGUUGAACUCGGUGGGGGCUGCUGGGAAAGUGUUUGAGUACCUGGACCGAAAACCUCAGGUCAGCACGGAGGGAGAACUCAAACCUGAUCAGCUGACAGGACACAUCAGCUUCAACAACGUCAACUUUGCCUAUCCUGCAACCCCCAACACAACUGUCCUGCAGGACUUUUCUGUGGAGCUGAAGUCAGGUCAGAUGACGGCACUAGUGGGUCCAUCUGGAGGAGGAAAAAGCACCUGUGUGAGUCUGCUGGAGCGAUUCUAUGAGCAGCGGAAUGGAGACAUCCUAUUGGACAAUAAACCACUGAAAUCCUAUGACCACCGUUUCCUCCACAAGCAGAUUGCAGUGGUGAGCCAGAAGCCUGUGCUCUUCUCUGGCUCCGUCAAAUACAACAUUACAUACGGACUUGCUGAAUCGGUCAACUUCCAGGAAGCAGCACGUAAAGCCAACGCCCAUGACUUCAUCAUGAAGCUGGAGAAAGGCUACGAUACAGAGGUGGGUGAGGGUGGGAGCCGGUUAGCCGAAAGCGAGAGGCAGCGGAUCGCCAUUGCUCGAGCUCUGGUCAGACAGCCACGGGUCCUCAUUCUGGAUGAAAUAACCAGCUCUCUGGACCCCGACAGUGAAAAUAAGAUUCUGAAGGCCCUGGCUGGUUGUUCCAACCAGACCCUGCUGGUGAUCGCUCACAGGCUGAAGACUAUUGAGAAGGCAGAUCAGAUUGUCCUGAUCGCUGAUGGCACCGUUCAGGAGCGAGGAACUCACCAGGAACUGAUGGACAGUAGAAAGAGCUACUACAAGCUGAGAGAGAACCUUCACUGAGGGGAACUCACCCCAAAGACAAGCUGCUGUCACUACGCUGAUGCUAUAUGAUGCAUUUCUGUGAGAGAAUUGUUCUGUAUGACUGUGCUGCACGCGUUGGACAGCAAGACCAACAGCAGCUUACCUGAUAGAAAUAGAAGAGAAAAAGCUGAAUUUUAUGUAUUUUUUCAUAUAUAUAAAUAUUGAAAAUGAAAUAAUAGGAUAUUGUGUGUUUUUUCAGUAAAAUUCUGUAACAUGUGGCCUAAAUAACACCUUCUUAACUCUAGUAGUAUAUUUCUAUUCUUAUUUAUUUUGCAGACUGUUGAUAUCAAAUUAGGUAUUGUAUAUUAAUAAAAGUAUAUGAGUGAGCGACA